AUGAAAGAGAUUUCCAAAUUGAUCAGGGAGACUGUAUCGUGGUGCAUGUUAUUUGCUGAUGAUUUCGUGUUGGUAGCAGAAACUAAGGAGGAAGUUAAUAAUAAAUUGGAAGAUUGGAGGCCAGUUUUAGAAGGGGAGCCAGAGAUGACCAUUGGUGAAGAAGUUAUUGCAAGUACGAACAAGUUCAAGAAUUUGGGAUUGAUUAUUCAGGGUAAUGGGGAGAUUGAUAAAGAUGUUACUCAUCGAAUACAAGCGGGUUGGCUCAAGUGGCGAGCAACCACUAGGGUACUUUGUGAUAGGAAGUUUUUAAAUAGGUUAAAAAGUAAAUUUUACAGAGUUGCAAUCAGCCUUGCUUUGCUAUAUGGGACAAAAUAUUGGCUUGUAAAGAAGACUUUUGAACAUAAGAUCGAAGUAAUAGAAAUGCGUAUACUGAGCUGGAUGUGCGGUCAAAUAGAUUGA